AACCAUAGUGAACAAAUACCAGACUUCACAUGUGUCCUUCCAUUUCCAAUUUUCAAACCCUAAAAUCCCCUUUCAACUUCUUCUUCUUCAUACUCUCAAUUCCAUUCCGUACCACAAAUCGAUACUGCUAUCAUCUCUCCUUCAACCAAACCACAACAAUGUCAUUUUCAAUCAUCACUCGUAAUUUUCCAGAAACUCCCAAAUUUCAACAACUUUCAAAACCUAAUUUCAUUCCUUCAACUAAAUCAACAACAAGAACAAAGCUAGACUCUAAAUUUCAUCAUCAAGACCACACUACUCUCAUUUCCACAUUCAAUCAAUUGCUCCGUCAGAACAAGCCUACACCAGAGACAAUCGAAUUUAACAAAAUCUUAACUUCCCUUGUCAAGCUCAAACACUACUCAACUGUUAUUUCACUUCAUCAAAAGAUGGAAUUAAACGAAAUUUACUCAGACUUUGUCACUUUCAAUAUCUUGAUAAAUUGUUUCUCUCAAUUGGGUCAAAUUUCUCUUUCAUUUGCUGUAUUUGCCACUAUUCUCAAAAAGGGUUAUCACCCACAUGUCAUAACCUUUACUACACUCAUCAAAGGUCUUUGUCUCAAAGGUGAGAUCGAUAAAGCAUUGAACUUUCAUCACAAGUUGGUUACACACAGAUUUCAAUUGAAUGAAGUUAGCUACACAACUUUGAUUAACGGGUUAUGUAAAGUUGGAGAAAUGAACAAAGCUAAAGAUAUACUCAACACUAUGGCUAAGAAUGGAGUGCCUCCUAAUGCUUGGAGCUACAAUGCCUUGAUUAAUGGAUUUUGUAAGUUUAAAAUGGUAGAUGAAGCCGUGAAUCUGUUCAAUGAAAUGCGUCGUAGAAUGAUUAUUCCGAAUGUGGUGACUUACAAUUCACUUAUUGAUGGUUUGUGUAAAUCGGGAAGAAUCGAAAAGGCUUUGGAGCUUGUCAAUGAAAUGCAUCAUAAAAAAAUUAUUCCUGAUGUGGUGACUUACAAUUCACUUAUUAAUGGUUUGUGUAAAUCGGGAAGAAUCGAAAAGGCUUUGGCGCUUGUCGAUGAAAUGCAUCAUAAAAAAAUUAUUCCUAAUGUGGUGACUUACAAUUCACUUAUUGAUGGUUUGUGUAAAUCGGGAAGAAUCGAAAAGGCUUUGGAGCUUGUCAAUGAAAUGCAUCGUAGCAAAAUUAUCCGUAAUGCGGUGACUUACACUUCACUUAUUGAUGGUUUGUGUAAAUCGGGAAGAAUCAAAAAGGCUUUGGAGCUUGUCAAUGAAAUGUGUCGUAGCAAAGUUAUCCCUAAUGUGGUGACUUACAGUUCACUUAUUGAUGGUUUGUGUAAAUCGGGAAGAAUCAAAAAGGCUUUGGAGCUUGUCAUUGAAAUGCAUCGUAGCAAAAUUAUCCCUGAUGUGGUGACUUACAGUUCACUUAUUGAUGGUUUGUGUAAAUCGGGAAGAAUCGAAAAGGCUUUGGAGCUUGUCAUUGAAAUGCAUCGUAGCAAAAUUAUCCCUGAUGUGGUGACUUACAGUUCACUUAUUGAUGGUUUGUGUAAAUCGGGAAGAAUCAAAAAGGCUUUGGAGCUUGUCAAUGACAUGCGUCGUAGCAAAGUUAUCCCUAAUGUGGUGACUUACAAUUCACUUAUUGAUGGUUUGUGUAAAUCGGAAAGAAUCGAAAAGGCUUUGGAGCUUGUCAAUGAAAUGCAUCGUAGCAAAAUUAUCCCUGAUGUGGUGACUUACAGUUCACUUAUUGAUGGUUUGUGUAAAUCGGGAAGAAUCGAAAAGGCUUUGGAGCUUGUCAAUGAAAUGCAUCGUAGCAAAAUUAUCCCUGAUGUGGUGACUUACUGUUCUAUAUUGGAUGCUUUGUUCAAAAACCAUCGUGUUGACGUGGCAAUUGCAUUAUUAACCAAAAUUAUAGAGAAGGGUAUUCAGCCAAACUUGCAUACAUACACUAUUCUUAUACAUGGAUUGUGUAUAAAUGGAAGACUGGAGGAUGCCAGAAAGGUUUUUGAAGAUCUUUUGGUCAAAGGCUACAAUCUAGAUGUCUAUACAUAUAAUGGUAUAAUCAAGGGAUUUUGCAACGAGGGCUUGUUUGAUGAAGCAUUGACCAUUUUAUCAAAAAUGGAAAUGAAUGGUUGCAUUCCUGAUGAUAAAACUUAUGAAACAAUUAUUCGUUCCCUCUUUGAAAAAGGUGAAAAUGAUAAAGCAGAGAAACUUCUUCAUGAAAUGAUUGAGAGAGGUCUAUUAUAUAAUCAAAACUAGGAUUGGUAGUGCAUCUUAUCCAUGCUCCUCAAUGAAAAUCAAUCUUUGAAAAUGGUGUAACAAAAUUGUUGGUAGACUUCUGUGUGCAUCAGUUAAAAAGGCUGUUGGUGAGACUAUUGUUCCCGCUACUGAUAUAUCAAAAAGCAGUACUACAGAAAAGCACAAAAAGUUUGUUUCCAUGUGAAUUUGCACAACUCUUCCAAUCAGGAUUUGUUCUCAAGCUGGUGAUGAUGACCAUCAGAAGUUCCAACCUCUAGGCUGCUAGAAUUGUUAUGAUUUGCUUCAGCUGAGGAUAUGAUUUGACAUGUAAACGAUGACCGUGUUUCUCACUCUUCCUUGCUUCAUCUACAUGCACAUCAUCUUCAACUUAUUUUCAGAUAUGCUCAUGAACCCAUAUCGCAGUAUAAAUGUUUCUACUGCACAAUCAACCACUACGACAUUUUGGAAGUGAAGUGGAGGAAACUAACCAAAAUAGCAUUGCAUGCACCACAACCUUAGUCCAGUCACUGAGUUGUUCCCUUCUUCAUUGAUUCUGAUACACAAUUUGAGGAAUUGCAAUUCUCAGAGACAGAACACAAAGACAAUGAUGAAGAAGGAACACGAAGAUGACUGAAAAUGAAGACGGCGAUUAACAAUUUCAAGCUUCAGAUCAGAGAUUUUUCUGAGAAGCUUCGGCAAUUCUAUCACAUGUAUUUUAUUUUGAAAGACUAUCCCAUGUUUGUUGAAAAGUCGAUUAUGAUGAAGUCAUAAGGAUUAAGAAUUAGAGUGAUUUUGGUAAGGUUCUUCCGAAUCGGAGUGAUUUUGACACGGUUCUACUCAGUGAAAGUGAGAGAAAGAAGGAGAGGUGAAGAUUAGUGAUUUUGACUUUUGACAGAUAGAUAAAACAACUAUGGUCAAAGGCCAAAGGCAACAGAAUGAAAAUAGUUAUCAUUACAUCAGUAGUCAUGCUUAAUUUUUCUCAAGGUUGCUUGUUUUUCUCAAGGUUACAUUACAUCUAGAAAAAUAUUAUCAGUAGUCAUGCUUCUAGUUCUAUGGCAAAUUUUUUGAGUUUAUCUUGGCCAACUUUAUGCAAGUUGAGAAGUUUUAUUUUAGAUAUCAAUAAACUUCUACUAUAAUAAUUGAGUUU